AUGUGGUUUACUAAAGGUCAUUUCGAUGUUAAGCACAAAUUAGCAAUCAUUUCUGGUGGUUCUCAAGGUGUUGGUGCUGAAUUUGCAAAACAAUUAGUUGAAAAAGGUUCAGAUGUUAUUAUAGUUUCAAGAACUGAAUCAAAAUUAAAAAAAGUUGUUGAACAAAUUUCAAAAUUUAGAUUAGAGAAAUUUCAAAUUGUUUCUUAUAUAGUUGCUGAUAUUUCCAAUUAUGAAGAAGCUGAAAAAGUUUUUGCAAAAUUAGAUCAAUCACCUGAUAUUGUUGUUUGUUGUGCUGGUUCAUCUGUACCAAAAUUAUUCUUAGAUUUAUCUCCAAAUGAAUUAAAUAAUGGUAUUACAACAAAUUAUAAUACUGCAGUUAAUUUUGCUCAUGCUGCAAUGAAAAAAAUGUCACUAGAAAAAUCAACAGAUCCAAGACAUUUAAUAUUUUUCAGUUCAGUUGUGGCAUUUUUCCCAUUUAUUGGUUAUGGUCAAUAUGCACCUUUAAAAGCUGCAGUUCGUGCCCUAGCUGAUGUCCUGAGACAAGAAGCUAUACCUUAUAACAUUAGGGUAUCAAGUGUUUUCCCUGGUAAUUUUGAUUCUGAAGGAUUUUUGGAAGAAAAUAAAACAAAACCUGAAAUUACUAAAAAAAUUGAAGGUCCUUCUUAUCCAAUUAGUGUGGAAACUUGUGCAAAAAUUAUUAUUGAUUCUUUAGAUCGUGGUUAUGAAACUAUAACUACAGAUUUUAUUGGUUGGGUUUUAACUUCAAUUUCUUUAGGUUUAAGUCCAAGAUCUUGGGGGGUUUUACAAGCUAUAAUUGGAUUUGUCAUUGCAUUGAUUGCUCCUAUAAUAUCAUGGUCUUUUAAUCGUGAUAUUAGAAAUCAUUUUAAAAAUGAACAAAAUACAAUUAGAAACUGA